AUGUCGUGGCCAUCUUCUGUAAAUGAAGCCAAUACUCGUACUGCAGACAUUGUCCAAGAAUCUCGAGUGCCACCAUCUCGCAUAUCGAAUGAGCUCCCUCUAGGCGUCGAGUUCGCCCCUACAACCCCCCUGAAGCCGAACAGAUUUCGUCAUAAGGAUAUUACUCCACUUUUCGACCCCGACCAGCCGGUGUACCUACCAAGCGGGCCGCAGGGAGAGGCAGUAUUCGAUCUAAACGACAAGCUCUUCGCCACGAAAGUGCCUGACGGAUGGACCGAAUACAUUCAUCCCGAUGGCCACCAGUACUUCCAUCAUCAGCGGUGGGGCAUUGUUACCGAAGCCAACGUUCGCGACGAGCAGCAGAGUGCGCAAGUACAGCGUCUUUACCACGCCGUGGUGAAGCUUUGGGACCAUCAAAAGGAGCAGCAAGAAGACCUUGGCGACAUAUCCCAGCGAUCGGUCGAGAUCUACCUCUCACUGCUGCCGGAGAGUCGGUACUACCUCGUUCGACAUCGAACACAAGAGGUCUUUUGGCUACAUCCAGUUCGGGUUGGGGAGCAGAUUCUCGGCGGGACUGAUGAUCACGACGAGGCGAACUACGCCAUCCUCAUGCGUCAGCAAUACUACGCUCAUCUCAAUUCCUUCCCUUGUCAUACAUUCGUUCCUCAAGACGGUAUCAAGUAUCUGCACGGAUAUCUAACAUACAUCGGUGCCUCCGACUUCACCGCUGACGUCAAGACAACGCCAUGGGAUCCGCCGAAAGCUCGCCUUCUUCUCAAAAUGCUGGAUGGAAUACUGAACCAGGGAGUUGACAGGUCCUCGAACGGUUUUACGACUCUCUUUAUCUCGCGCCUUCUUCUGGCGAUAUACAAGAAUCGCGUAGCCCAUCGACAGGGCACAUUAUCCGCGAUGACGAGCGAACAACCAAUUAUCGAGCCCUCGAGCAGUGUUUUAGACUCGAUGGUCGAAGCUCUGUGUUUCUUCGACCCCGAGACAUACGAACGUCAGCUGCGGAAGGCAGUCCUCACGGAGAUCGCCUCGCCAGCGGAGUGGCACCGUGUUGUGGGCUCCCUCCUUGCUCAAUGGUCCAAGUCGAACAUCUUGGCUACCUUUGUACUAGCUGUAAACGGAUUUUUCCUUUCGCGUAUGGACCUUUCGAGCACUGCUCGGACGGGUGGGUCGUGCUCGACGCUCUUCGCGAUUGGAAGUCUCGUAUCUGGACUCCACUACGUCCGCAAACACCGCGAAAACACACAUCUUAGGCCUACAGAGGUGUCUGGCUACCUUCAGAACGUAGGUAAGACACCGCGGGCCGUCCGCCGACUCGCGAUCAUCCUUAGCCUUCCUGUCGUGUUGCUAUUGUGGGCUCUCCUCGCGCUCGCGUGCGCCGUAGCGAGCUACGCAUUCGACCCACCACGGGCGAUCCCGGCGUAUGUCAUACCGGCAUGUGUGCUCCUGAUUAUAUGCAUGCUUAUUCUGGAGUCGACGCGGAUGUUUUGGAAUGUGUUCAAGGAGCAGAGAGGGCGGGCCGCAGCCGCGGAUGGGGAUGGGGAAGGGGAGUAG